CCCUCCCUCCCGCCCGCCCGCCCGCGGCUGGGAAGGGGAGUCCGCGCCGCUGACUCAGGUUGUCUGGUGAACAUGCCCAUGUGAGGACCAGUUCCCUACCACACAGAAGAUGGGUGCGAACAGCAGCAGUAUCAGUGACCUGCCUAAAAACGAGUACUUGAAGAAGCUGUCAGGCACCGAGUCCAUCUCUGAAAAUGACCCCUUCUGGAAUCAGCUCUUUUCCUUUUCUUUUCCUGCACCAACCAGCAGUACUGAGUUGAAGCUGUUGGAAGAGGCAACUGUUUCAGUUUGCAAGUCCUUGGUUGAAAACAACCCUCGAACGGGAAAUCUUGGCGCCUUAACUAAGGUCUUCCUUUCCAGAACCAGAGAGCUCAGGCUUUCGGCCGAGUGCCAGAACCACAUCUUCAUUUGGCAGACGCAUAAUGCUUUGUUUAUUAUUUGCUGCUUGCUGAAAGUGUUCAUCUGUGAGAUGUCUGAGGAGGAGCUACAGCUUCAUUUUAUGUAUGAAGAAAAGUCUCCUGGCAGUUACAGUUCUCACUCUGAAGAUCUUCUGGAAGAAUUGCUCUGCAGCCUGGUGCAGUUAAUCACUGACACUCCACUCUUAGAUAUUACGUAUGAGAUAUCGGUGGAGGCGAUCUCGGCCAUGGUUGUCUUCCUUUCCUGCCAGCUCUUUCACAAGGAGGUGUUGCGACAGAGCAUCAGUCACAAGUAUCUGAUGCAAGGCCCCUGUCUCCCUUACACCAGCAAACUUGUGAAAACCUUACUUUACAACUUUAUCAGACAAGAAAAGCCCCCUCCACCCGGAAGCCACGUUUUCCCUCCGCAGUCGGAUGGAGGAGGACUACUGUAUGGACUGGCAUCAGGAGUAGCAACGGGGCUCUGGACUGUCUUCACGCUCGGCGGGACAAGCAGCAAAGCGGCUGCCUCUCCAGAACUCACUUCCCCUCUGGCCAACCAGAGUCUCCUGCUUCUGCUGGUGCUGGUGAACCUGACAGAUGCCCCGGACACGCCAAACCCCUACAGACAAGCCGUCACAUCCUUUAAGAACACGCAAGACAGCAGUCCUGUCCCCUCGUCGAUUCCACACGCCUUCCAGAUUAACUUCAACAGUUUGUACACAGCCCUGUGUGAGCAGCAGGCGUCCGAUCAAGCCACGCUGCUCUUGUACACCCUGCUCCAUCAGAACAGCAACGUCAGGACCUACAUGUUGGCUCGAACAGAUAUGGAAAAUCUUGUAUUACCAAUUCUUGAGAUUCUGUAUCAUGUUGAGGAAAGAAAUUCACACCAUGUAUAUAUGGCUCUUAUAAUACUGUUGAUCCUUACGGAAGACGAUGGCUUCAAUAGGUCUAUUCACGAAGUGAUAUUAAAAAACAUUACUUGGUAUUCAGAACGAGUCUUAACUGAAAUUUCCCUGGGGAGUCUCCUAAUUCUGGUCGUAAUAAGAACCAUACAAUACAAUAUGACUAGGACAAGAGACAAGUACCUGCACACAAAUUGUUUGGCAGCUUUAGCAAACAUGUCAGCACAGUUUCGCUCUCUCCAUCAGUACGCCGCCCAGAGGAUCAUCAGUUUGUUUUCUUUGCUGUCUAAAAAACACAACAAAGCUCUGGAACAAGCCACCCAGUCCUUGAGAGGUCCCCUGAGUUCCAGUGAUGGUCCUCUCCCAGAUUACGCACAGGACCUCAGUGUCAUUGAGGAAGUGAUCCGGAUGAUGUUGGAAAUCAUCAACUCCUGCCUGACAAACUCUCUUCACCACAACCCAAACUUGGUAUACGCCUUGCUCUACAAGCGGGACCUCUUUGAGCAAUUCCGGACUCAUCCUUCAUUUCAGGACAUAAUGCAGAAUAUUGAUCUGGUGAUCUCCUUCUUCAGCUCAAGGCUGCUACAAGCUGGAGCUGAGCUGUCAGUGGAAAGAGUCUUGGAAAUCAUCAAACAAGGGGUUGUGGCGCUGCCCAAAGACAGACUAAAGAAAUUUCCAGAACUGAAAUUCAAAUAUGUGGAAGAGGAACAGCCCGAGGAGUUCUUCAUCCCUUACGUCUGGUCUCUGGUCUACAACUCGGCAGUCGGCCUGUACUGGAACCCACAGGACAUCCAGCUGUUUGCCAUGGACCCUGACUAAAGCCGGACACAACCACGCCCUCCCGCAGCACAGCAGCUCUGCCAGUCACUUCAUGUCUAGGAGUAGA